AUGUCUCAACCAAAGUUUUGCGUAAAGGUCGUUGGUUCCAUGAACUGGGAUAUCAUAAACAGGGUCGAAUCGCACCAUGAGGGAUGGCAACAUGCGUCCUUUCCGAAUGGUCCCAGCAUAGAUCCGUGUCCAGGAGGUCACGGCGUCAAUCAGGCCACAGCCGUUUAUCGAGCCAGCCACCGAAGCCCAUUCGACUCGCGCAGCUUACCUAAAGCCGGGAAGGUACCUGAGGAUGUCCAGGUCUAUAUGAUUGGGAUGAUUGGUGAAGAUGAGGAUAAUAGAGGCGAGAAGAUCAAAAAUGCCCUGGCGGACAAUGGGGUUCACGUCGCUGGAGUACAUUCGGCGAGGAAUAUUCGAAAUGGAUAUGCCCAUAUCUACGUUGAUAUGCAAGGAAUACCCAGGAUUCAUAAUGAUCCCUUGGCAAACGGUCGUUUGACCUGGGAUGUGGUGGAGGAAGAACUUGAGAAGACUCCUCGUGCGGACCUUAUCCUGGUUCAGCUGGAGAUCCCUCAAGAAACCGUCCUGAGAACCAUUGGUUACGCCAACAAGAAUCAGAUCCCGAUUAUCUUCAACUCUGCACCAGUUCCAUCCGACUCGUCCUUUCUUUAUAGCCAUCCUCUACUCUAUGAAGUCGAUCAUCUCAUUCUUAAUCACCAUUGCGUCGAAGCAAUUUGCAUAACAAGAGCGCCAAAGAGCGAGAAUCGCCUUGAUGACGGGAUGGCAUCUGUUCCGAACAUCCAAAAGCUAUACUCUCAGUACUGCGACCAUUUCCAUCGUCUUGGUGCAAGGUGCGUAGUAAUCACGCUAGGGCACCGCGGCGUUCUCGCUUCCUACAUGGAGCCACCAGACGCAAGCGGAGAGAGAGGUCAGCGUUCUUUCUUCUACCCUGCCAAGAAACAGAAGCAAGAAGUUGUUGAUGAGACUGGGGCAAGCGACGCAUUCAUCGGAGCUUAUGCUGUGGAGAUUCUGAGACAGAUGAAAACACCAGCGAACUCUGGUCUAAACCCCAUCGACGUGGAUCUCGAUAUCGGGACAGCAAUUGAACACGGGAUAAAAGCAGGGUCACUGACCACAGAGAACUUUGGAUCUUUUCCGGCAAUUCCCUGGCGCGAUCAAUGGAUUGGGCCAGAGAUUAAGUGGUUAUCAGCCAAUCCGUUUGUACUUCAUUGA